AUGGAUCCCUCCCAGCGAGUCGUGAUCAUCGGCGCCGGCAUCGUUGGCGUCAACAUCGCCGACGAGCUGGUCUCGCGCGGAUGGUCCAACAUCACCGUCCUCGAGCAGGGCCCCCUCAGCAUGCCCGGGGGCUCGACAUCUCACGCCCCGGGCUUGGUGUUUCAGACCAACCCCUCCAAGACCCUCAGCAAGUUUGCCAUGUACACGGUGGAGAAGCUGCUGUCCAUCGACUGCUUCAACCAAGUCGGCGGCCUAGAGAUCGCCGAAGCCCCAGAGCGCCUCGAGGACCUCAAGCGGAGAUACGGCUACGCCCGCUCCUGGGGAGUCGAGGCGGAGCUGCUCUCGGCCGAGCAGUGCCGUAGGCUCUACCCCCUCCUGGGCCCAGACGUCGUCCUCGGGGGCCUGCUCUUCCCCACGGACGGCCUCGCGCUGGCGGCCAAGGCGGUGCAGGUGCUGAUCGAGAGGACGAAAAAGGCCGGCGUGCGCUACCUGGAGCACACGCGCGUCACAGGCAUCCGGCAGGAGGCCAAGCGCGUCACGGGGGUCGAGGUCAGCACGGGGGCCAUCAUCCCCGCGGACCUGGUGCUCUCGUGCGCGGGCUUCUGGGGCGUCGAGCUCGGCGCCAUGGUCGGCCUGCGCGUGCCCCUGCAGCCCAUGGGCCACCAGUACGUCAAGACGACGGCGGUGCCGACGCUGAGGGGCAAGAACCCGCUCCCCAACGGCGCCACGCUCCCCAUCCUCCGCCACCAGGACCGAGAUCUCUACUACCGCGAGCACGGCGAGCAGGUCGGCAUCGGCUACUACGGCCACCGGCCCUUGCCCGUGACGGCGGCGUCCCUGGGUCCGACCCCGGCCCACGUCGACGAGCAAAACAUGCCGUCCCGCUUGGAGUUCACCCCAGAGGACUUCUCCCCGGCCUGGGAGCUGAGCAAGAAGCUCCUCCCGGCCCUCGCCGACACCACCAUCGAGACGGGCUUCAACGGCAUCAUGUCCUUUACGCCCGACGGCGGGCCGCUGGUGGGGCGCGCGCCGGACCUGGACGGCUUCUUCGUGGCCGAGGCGGUCUGGGUCACGCACUCGGCCGGGGUGGCGCGGGCGGUGGCGCAGCUGCUGACGACGGGCAAGUCGGACGUGGACCUGCUGGCCGAGUGCGACGUCACGCGGUUCGACGAGGUGCAGCUGACGCAGGGCUACGUGGCCGAGACGUGCACCACGGCCUUCAACGAGGUCUACGACAUCAUCCACCCGCUGCAGCCGCGGUCCUCGCCGCGCAACCUCCGCGUCAGCCCCUUCUUCGCCCGCCAGGCGCGGGACCUGGGCGCCUACUUCCUCGAGGCCGGCGGCUGGGAGCGCCCGCACUGGUUCGAGGCCAACGCGCACCUCGUGGACCGGCUGCCGGCGGCCUGGCGGCCCCGGGACCGCGACGCCUGGUCCGCCAGGUACCACUCGCCCAUCGUGGCCGCCGAGGCCUGGAAGACGCGCACCGCCGCCGGCCUGUUUGACAUCUCCCCCAUCCGCCGGCUGCUCGUCACGGGGCCCGGCAGCCUGGAGCUGCUGCAGGGGCUGGCCACCAGCGACCUGUCGAGCCCCCCCGGCGCCGUGACCUUUACGCUGCUGCUGGACGAGCACGGCGGCGUGAGGAGCGACGUUUUCGUCGCGAGGCUCGCGGACCAGACCUUCCAGCUGGCCGUCAACGGCGCCGUCGACGCCGCGUACCUGGCGCGCGAGGCCCGGCUGCAGACGGCGGCACGCCCGGGGAGCUCCGUGCAGGUCCGGGACGUCACGGGCGGGACGUGCGGCGUGGGCGUGUGGGGCCCGCGGGCUGCCGACGUUGUUGGCGGGAUCUGCAGCGACGACCUGGCGGCCAUGCCGAGGAACGCGGUGCGCUCGUCGGUGGUGGGCGGCGUGCCGGUGCUGGUCGUCAGCCACUCCUUUGUCGGGGAGCCGGGGUGGGAGAUUUACACCUCGGCGGAGCAGGGCUUGCGGCUGUGGGACGCGCUGUGGGAGGCCGGGCAGGCGCACGGGGCCGUUGCCGCGGGGCGGGCGGCGUUUGCGGCGCUGCGCAUGGAGGCGGGCUUCAGGACCUACGGCGUCGACGUCACGACGGAGCAUGGGCCCUUUGAGGCUGGGCUCGGCGCUGCCGUCGACCUGGGCAAGGGGGGAUUCGUGGGCUGUGAGGCCGUGAGGAGGCUUGCCAGCGAAAAGCCUGCAAAGAAGCUGCGCCCCAUUGCUGUGGACGACGGCCGGUCCGUGGUGAUGGGCAAGGAGCCCGUGUUUGUCUCGGGCAAGGCCGUGGGAUACGUCUCGAGUGCGGUGUUUGGCUACACCAUUGGCAAGCCGCUUGCCUUUGCUUGGCUUCCAGCCGAGCUGGGACCCGGAGCAGGUGUAGAGAUUGAGUAUUUUGGGCGCCGGAUCAAGGCCACGGUGAUGGCAGAGCCUAUUCUGCAGCCAUCGAGCAUGCAGCUGGACGCGCAGCCUCCGAGGGCACGUUUGUAG